AUGCCUAAAAAAGCAGGUUCAAAACAAAAUUCACAUACCUCUAAGAAGGGGAAUACGUCUACAAAUAAAAAAGAACUUAUAUCCUCGAAUAAAACAAAUUCAUCUUCAAUCAAAAAUAACAGGACUCAUAAUAAUCAGAAUCAGAUUAGCGAGAGUCACGAUCUUAGUGAAGACCUUAAUUAUGAUGACACUGAAAUUUUUAAUAAAGCACUUAUAGGCAACACUCUCGUUCUCGUUCUCGAUUACCGCGUUCUCUAUCAAAAGACUCUUUGCCAAGACGUUCUCUUUCAAGACACUCUCCUGUAUAGCGUUCUAGUUCACGACACUCACCUUUACGACGUUCUACCUAAAAGCCGCAAAACACUUUCAUUUGAAUCUGAUUAUGAAGCAGCAGCAUAUGUGGCCGAACGACCAAAACUUCUAAAAAUCACGAAUCAAAUGGCUCAGUAUGAUGGCCUUAAAGUAUCAGACAAUGAAGAAAAAACUACGGUUCUUACUCAAUAUCAAAAUCAAUAUGAAAAUUUUCCGAAAUACAUUGAUUGA